CACUGGCUUCCAGCAGCUGGAAGAGAGAAGGUUGUGAUUGAGCAGAAGACAAACUCCUCUCCACAGAAACAUGUUGCUGUGGUCAGUAUGGAAUGUGAUGUUGCUUCUGGCAGCAGUAGAAGCUGUGGAGAAUGAAGACGUCCGAGCCGGGUGCAGUACAGCUGUAAAUGACCUGGUGUACAUUGUUGACGGUUCUUGGAGUGUCGGCCCAGAUGACUUUGAAACCGCCAAGCUAUGGCUCAUCAACAUCAGCAGCCAGUUUGACAUCAGCCUUCAUUAUACGCAGGUGGCUGUGGUCCAGUAUAGUGACACACCCAGACUGGAAAUACCCCUGGGGACGCACCAUAGUGGAGUACAACUCAUCCAGGCCAUACAAAACAUCAACUACCUGGGAGGGAAUACGCAGACUGGCAGGGCCAUCAAAUUUGCAGUGGAUCAUGUGUUCUCUGCCUCUCAGCGGGUCAGCCAGGUCAAGAACCGUAUAGCGGUGGUUGUCACAGAUGGAAAAUCUCAGGAUGAUGUGGUGGAUGCAAGCACGGAGGCUCGAGCUCAGGGUAUUACGAUGUUUGCAGUGGGAGUUGGCAGCGAGAUCACCACCUCAGAACUGAUUUCUAUUGCCAAUAAGCCGUCAUCUACAUAUGUCCUGUAUGCCCAAGAUUACACCAACAUCGACCGGAUCCGAGACUCAAUGGAGCAGAAACUAUGUGAAGAAUCGGUUUGCCCCACAAGGAUCCCAGUGGCCUCUCGUGAUGAGAAGGGCUUUGAGCUGAUGUUGGGCAUGAACAUUCAGAAGAAGGCCAAGAAGAUUUCUGGCUCUCUUGCUUCAGAGGCAGCCUACGCUCUCACUUCCUCCACAGACAUUACCGAGAACACCAGAGAAAUUUUCCCAGAAGGUCUUCCACCUUCAUACGUAUUUGUGGCCACUGUACGUCUGAAGGGGAACUCUAGCCAGUCGAUCUUUGACCUUUGGAGGAUUGUGUCCAAGAGUAAGGAAAUCCAAGCUGCGGUGACGCUCAACGGAAAAGAUCAGUCUGUCAUCUUCACCACCACCAGUGUGACAGAAGUAGAGCAAAAAGCCAUCUUUAAAAAAGGCUUCAAGACGCUGUAUGAUGGGAAAUGGCACCAGCUGAAGAUUCUGGUGAGCCCUCAGCAUGUCAUCAGUUUCCUCGACGACGAACUGAUCCAAGAGAUCACGCUGAAGCCCGUGGAGCCCAUUUACAUCAACGGAAAGACGCAGAUUGCUAAGAAGCGAGCGUCACAGAUCACUGUGCCGGUGGAGAUCCAGAAGUUGCGUCUGUACUGUGAUCCUCACCAGAGCGAGAGAGAAACUGCUUGUGAAAUCUACUCUGUGGAUGAUGAAAGGUGUCCGCUGAAUCGAACAGCCACCGUUGAACAAGAAGAAGAAGACUGCAACUGUGCACUCGGCCCACCAGGGCAGCGUGGCCCACCGGGACGCAUGGGUUUCAGAGGUGAGAAAGGGAGGGAAGGACCACCAGGACCUGAUGGUAAGCCUGGUAAAGAAGGUAAACCUGGCAACGCCGGCCCUCCUGGAUUUCCAGGAAUAAAAGGUGAAGAAGGCCCCCAAGGACUAAGAGGAGAGCCUGGUGUUAAAGGUAACAAGGGAGACCAAGGGGAACCAGGUCUAACUGGAGAACCUGGACCAAUAGGACCACAGGGACUUCCUGGAGAGAGAGGUGAGCCAGGACCUGUAGGACAAACUGGUCUUAAGGGGGAACCAGGAUCACCAGGCAUGGACGGAGUGGAAGGGCUAACAGGACAGAAGGGGGAAGCGGGUGAUGUUGGACCAGCUGGUGAUGUCGGACCUAAAGGUGCCCUGGGUCCCAUCGGACCUCCUGGUCAAAAGGGCCCACAGGGAUCUCCGGGCGAACAAGGCUUAGCUGGGCUUCAGGGGCCACCUGGUCCAAAAGGAAACCUGGGAGUUCAGGGACCCCAGGGGCCCCCCGGAGAAAGUGGCAGAGCUGGUCCCAAGGGUUCAUGUGGUGAACCAGGAGUUGUCGGCCCCCCUGGUCUUCCAGGACUAAAAGGUUUGGCAGGGGAGCCAGGCUUUCCGGGCCCAGCGGGCGUUGCAGGGCGGCCAGGCUUGAAAGGUCAUAAGGGGGACAGGGGAGAGAGCGGCUCCAAAGGAAACCGGGGGCAGCGAGGAGAAGACGGAGAACCAGGAACUCCCGGCCUACCUGGUGAUGUGGGACCCAAAGGAUGGAAAGGAGAGAGGGGAUUGAAAGGUGAAAGUGGGCCAAGAGGGCCAGAAGGGAAGAAGGGUGAUACAGGCCAUUUGGGUAUUGUUGGUCCCCGUGGAUUUCCUGGCCAAGACGGACUUCCUGGUCAGCCCGGCCAACCUGGAUAUCCUGGAAAACCUGGCAAAUCUCCUUCAGAUGAACAUCUUCUUAAGAUGUGUGCGGAUGUUUUGCGCAACCAGCUCCCAGCGCUCCUCCAGAGCCUCGCCCUUCAAGCAACGUGCGAGAGCUGCAACACCGUGAAGGGACCCCCAGGUGAGCCUGGAGCACCAGGUCCCAAAGGGUCCAUGGGAGCUGCAGGCUACCCUGGAAGAAGUGGUGCUCCAGGUUACCCAGGACCUCCUGGAAUGCAGGGUCCAGCAGGCAUCAAAGGGGACAUUGGAGAGAGAGGGGCCAAAGGCAGCAAAGGAGAAGGUUACAAAGGACCUCCAGGACCUCCUGGACAGCCAGGGAUGCAAGGUCCUCGAGGCUUUGACGGUAUUGGCUAUCCAGGAAGUCAGGGAAUUCAAGGAAAACCUGGACUACAAGGAGAUCCUGGUAAACAGGGCAUCCCAGGUCUUCCAGGAGUUUGCGAUGUGUCCAUGUGUUAUCGGACCUACAACCACAGGCAACAUUACAAUAAAGGGCCGGAUGUCUGAAAAACUGGUUUUAGCUCUGCAUCCAGAUGUUUGAAGGAAGUCAUUCACUGUAUCACUGCUGACUCCCUCAAAAGAGACCAUGUGGGAAUUAUUGCACUGGAGGCAGUCGGAAGCUCAGUACGUCGGAAAGGCGGUCAAAGACCAGAUGUUCACCAUGAAGCGCGGCCAAUAGUCCAGAAGCCAAGCCUCUUCCAAAUACCGUCCCGGAUGAUUCCAAAUUCCUGAACUGAAAAGUAGGGGGCGUUUUUAAUCCAUCGAUGGAAAGACUGAUAUUUUGGUCCAUAAAAAGAUCUACCUCUGCUUUUCUCUGACGAUUAUUUUGUCAAAAUCCUCAACAGAAACAUUUUGAGUCUCUCCAGAUUUUGCCAUUCCACGACUGCAGAAAUUUACUCACACUCAACAGAUUCCCACAUUUUUAUGCCACAUUCCCACACUAAUGCAUAACUGUGCGUUUAUUAGAACUUUUCGAGAUGCUAACUCCCCCCUGCAGGUGGCAGUACAUCCUACUUCUACUGCACUGCCUCCUCAGCCUUACUUGAUGCCAAGUUAUAAUCCGUGAUCAAUAUGGGCAGUAGCAGAAAUCAAGUUAUUUAAAUUCUUUAAAGAUUAAAGAAGUUUUUGUUCAAUUUGCCUGCUUAUUUGAUGUUUAUUUUUUUUAUUUCUAAUAUUUUUCUGUUAUAGAUAUGAAUUAUGGAAGAGGCUCAAUGAGGAAAGGGUUUUGCAAAAUUCCUUACAAAUAUUUCUUGAGGAUCCCCAUACAAUGAGUGAUUUUGAAUAAAAAAUAAUUAAAUAAAAAAAUCACAAAAACAGUCGUGAAAUCCUGGAGGGACUAUUACCUGCUUUGUGUUUUGUUGUUUCUCUUAAUAUCUGAUUCAGAUUCAUUUGGAAAUGUUGUCAUGGAAACCAUCCAGCAUUUAUGUCAUGGCAUUUUAUCUGUAUUUUCACUUUCAUUGCAGCAGUCACACCCUGGUGUAUUAGGGGCUUGAUGUUGAUAACCUGAAUGGAAUAUGCUGUUAUUUUUGAUGAGGCAAAACAUUAUGACCACCGGCCCAAUAGAAUCCUGUCUCCCCUUUUGGUGCCAACCCAGCCCUGACUUGUCUUGGUAAGGACUCCACCAGAACCCUGCAGAUGUGCUGUGGUAUCUGGUGGCACUGUGUCUGUGGUUUGGCCGAGUGGGAGGUGGACUCUGUAGGAAUUAGACUUGUUUUUCCAAUUCAUUCUUCACAUAUUGGACUGGGUAGAGAUCUGAGGGUUUUGGAGGCCAAGUCAACACUAUCAAAACGUUCCUGAAUAAUAUAGGCUUUGUGUCAGGGUGCUUUCUAGGUAUAUGUACUUCUAUAAGCAACAACAACAAAAAAAAAAAAAAAAUCUACUUUUGUGUAUUCUGACAUUUUCUGUCUGUAAUUUGAACUAUAGCAGCUCAUCUGAUGGACAUAUCACCCAUUCGCUGCUCUUCUUUUGCUUUCGAUAGAUACUGACUGCUUUUGAAGAUGCUAUAUCAAACUUACUCAAUCCUAUCUUCUCUGUCAUUCACUUGCGAACAGAUGCUAUAAUAAAGAGACAGUGCUAUUCUUUUCAUGUAUCCAUGGUUACAGAGUUGUGCCUGAUUAUUGUGUUAAUCGGAACGCAUUUCAUUUGAAAAAUCUAGACCACAAGUCUAGGCUAACUCUCAGCUAAUGUUAUUAAAAAUUUUAUAAAUAGUCAUGUGUAACUUUGCGGCAACAAUCUAAGUGGGCUUUAAUUGCCUUUGUAUCAUCCAUUCAUAGUUAAAAGUAUUAUGUGGUUAGAAGUAUUUAUGUUCAGUUUUAUCCUUGUCCAUAAUUAUUAUUCAAUCUACUAAUGCUGCAUUUUACACUGUUGACCAUAAUGGAGGAUUUUUGUUUCUGAUGCAUGUAUCUGUGUAAAUAAACAAGCAGAGGACCAAA